CAAAAUAAUUUUUCUUGUACCGUCGAGGCUCUCAAAAUGAACAGUCCAACACCUUGCAGCAGGUCCUGGUCUAUAAGUGAAGGUUCAUUGAAAAGAUAUGUGCACUUUGCAAGCGAGAGUUGCAUACAGGAGUCGCGAUCAGCUUCAGACUCAAACAGGUUUGGAAAUGGAAAUGAUGGGUGGAAAAUUGUUACUCUUGACAAUGGAGUUGAAAUUUCCAAAAGAAGAUCAGGGUCACUUCACACUUUUAGAAGCAGGUGGCUGCUGAAAUCAGUCUCUCCCCAGCAAUUCAUCACCGUUGCAAAUGCCAUAGAUGCUGCCAAGCAAUGGGAUGGUGAUCCAGUGGAAGCAAAGUACAUAAAAGAUCUUGAAGAUAAUCUCAGUAUAAUUCGACUCAGAUUCGGGGAGAAUUCGAAACCUCUUUUCAGAAACAGAGAAUUCAUUGUCUAUGAACGACGUGAAACGAUGGAAGAUGGCACUCUUGUGGUUGCAGUAGCUUCACUGCCAAAAGAGAUAGCUGCUGGAUUGCAUCUAAAGCAAAACAAUGCAAUAAGGGGACUUUUGCUUCAAUCAGGAUGGGUUGUGGAGAAGCUUGAAGAUGACUCAUGUAUGGUCACUUACGUUGUUCAGUUAGAUCCUGCAGGAUGGGUGCCAAAGUGCUUUGUGAAUCGGCUGAACACAAAACUUGUUAUGAUCAUUGAAAACCUUAGGACGCUAGCAGAAGCUUGUCCAAAAAAUGGUGUGACUGUGAGUACACAAGAAUGA